CGGAAUAUUACGCCCGAAGCAGGAUUUCCAAGUCCCUACUGAAACACACCAGAGCCGCUUAUCUCGGACCGACCGGUUCACCUAUCUGUCCCAGCCCCCCUUUUAAUAAGCACAUAGCUCCGCCUCAUCCAAAGGAGCUAAAGCCCAGACGACUGACGUCUGUCCGCGGAUACACAGUCGUUGCUUGCUGCCCUGCGCUACGGCAUCGCGACUGCGGACCAGCUACCAGAUGACUGCUAUCGGCUAUAUGUAUUCACCCGUCGGUGUUGUACUCGUUACCCUGGCUUUGACGACUUCGGUCUCCGGGCAUUUCGAAAUCACUGUGCCUAUAGAGCCGCAGCUAGCAGUCUUUGGGCACUUCAUGGUUCUGUCCUGCAGUUUCCCAGUGGGACCUGGAAGCUUGGACUCUGCCAGUCUCAUUGUCACCUGGCAGCGAGGUCUGGAGGUGGUCCAUAGCUUUUACCACAGUCAGGACCAGUUGGACAGGCAGAGCCGUCGUUAUGCCAACCGCACCCACCUGUACCUGUCGCAGCUGCAUCAAGGGAAUGCCUCACUCAGACUGGACAACGUGAGCCCGGAAGAUACUGGCUAUUACUCUUGUUCUGUCAGCACGAUGAUGGGAAGCCAGAAGAAAACAUUUUUGGUGGAAUUUGCAGCAUUCUACAGUGAGCCACAUGUGCAGAUCACGGUGUCCAGGAGUGGAGUAGAACUAUUCCUGACAUCCAGGGGAUUCCCCGAAGCCACACUGGAGUGGCAUGAUCAGGAAGGGCAGAACCUCGCCAACAAAACAGUGACAGAGGUCCAAGUGGAUCCCCAAGGCCUUUACACUAUAUCCAGCAGGUUCACACAAGGCCCAGCCGCCAACACCUCGCUAAGGUUUAUACUAAGGAACCCAGUGCUGCAGCAGGAGAUGAGGCGGGAUCUGGCUCUCUCUCUAGCACAUGAAAUGGUUCCACAGGAUCAUCACAGAUGCCGACACCUUUUCUACCUUUCUGUGGUCUUGUUCACAGUGGUGCUUUUGCUGCUGUUAGCAAGUUUAGCACAUAGGACCUGCUGUAUAGCUGCCAAGAAGGGACACGUCAUUUCCAAGUCACUACCCUAACUCCCACAGUCAGCAGUCCAUGCUGCUUUAUCAAGGCUUAUUUGCUAUUUAUAUUUUAUUUUUCUCUAUAUUUUUGUAUUUUACAUGAACUAUUUUUCUUCUAUUUAUUUAUGACGCCAUGCUGUCGACUAGCAUUUCUGUUUCAGCAUCUGGAGCGAACAUCAUUUCAUUGUGUACUAUAACAAAUGACUGUUAGUAAAUGCCACCAUAUUUCUA